GAGCGCUGAGAGGGAGCUCUGCCCUGCCCGGGACCAUGAGCACAGGCAAAGUGGGCAUCAUCCUUGUGCUCCCCUUGGCUCUGCUGCUGGCCAUGGCCUCCCAGCCCCCUGGGGGGGACACCCCAAAGGAACAGGGGGAUGCGGACCCCCCCCGCUGCCCCAGCCCUUGCGCCUGCAGCUUGGAUGACUACACCGAGGAGCUCAACGUCUUCUGCAGCGCCCGCAACCUGACGUGCCUGCCCGAGGAUGUGCCCCCCAACGCCAAAGCCCUGUGGCUGGACGGCAACAACUUCACCCUGCUGCCAGCUGCUGCCUUCAGGAACCUCUCGUCCCUGGACUUCCUGGACCUGCAGAGCAGCCAGCUGGCUGCUGUGGAGCAGCACGCCUUCCAUGGGCUGCGGGGCCUCUACCACCUCCACCUGGAGCGCAACCGCCUCAAGCACUUGGCUCCCCACACCUUCCUGCACACCCAGAACCUCGUGUCCCUCAGCCUCAACAACAACCACUUCAGCAAGGUGGAGGAAGGGCUGUUCGCUGGGCUCUCCAACCUCUGGUAUCUGAACCUGGGCUGGAACUCGCUCGUGGUCCUGCCUGACAAGGUCUUCCAUGACUUGCCCAACUUGAGGGAGCUGAUCCUGGCCGGGAACAAGCUCCCCUACCUCCAGCACCAGCUCUUCUGCAGCCUUACUGAGCUGAAGGAGCUGGACCUGAGUGGGAACGCACUCAAGGGCAUCAAGAUCAACAUCUUUGUCAAGCUGCAGAAGCUACAGAAGCUGUACCUGAACCACAACCAGAUCAACGCCAUCGCACCCCGUGCCUUCAUGGGCAUGAAGUCCCUCCGGUGGCUGGACCUGUCCCACAACCGGCUUGUCUCGCUGUUUGAGGACACGUUCCUGGGCCUCCUCAGCCUGCAUGUCCUACGCCUGUCCACCAACUCCAUCACCAGCCUGAGGCCCAGGACCUUCAAAGACCUCCAGUUCCUGGAGGAGCUGCAGUUGGGGCACAACAGGAUCCGGAGCUUGGCAGAAAGGACCUUUGAUGGGUUGGGCCAGCUGGAGGUCCUCAGCCUCAACAACAACCAGCUGCAGGACAUCAGGGCUGGGGCGUUCUUGGGGCUGUACAACGUGGCAGUGAUGCACUUGUCUGCCAACUGCGUUAAGGUGCUCCCUGACUACGUGUUCAAGGGGGUGACCAAGCUGCACAGCCUCCACCUGGAGCACAGCUGCCUGGGCAGGAUCCGGGUGCACACCUUCUCCAGCCUCACCAGCCUGCGGCGCCUCUUCCUGCAGCACAACGCCAUCGCCGUCAUUGAGGACCAAAGCUUCAGCGAGCUGCACGAGCUCCUGGAGCUCGACCUCAAGCACAACAGGCUGAGCAGCCUCUCACCGCAGCUCUUUGUGGGUCUAAGCAACCUGGAGUAUCUCUUCCUCUCCUCCAACCAGCUCCUGGAGAUCUCCCAGGACACCUUCACCCCGCUCCAGAGACUCUUCUGGCUCGACCUCUCCCAUAACCAGCUGGAGACACUGGAUAACUCCAUCAUCUCCCCCCUGGCCAACCUGCGGUACCUCAGCUUGAGGAAUAACUCACUGGAGACCUUCUCAGUGGGCUUCCUGUGCAGCCCCUUUACCCUGGAGCAGCUGUGGCUGGGGGGCAACAACUGGCACUGCAACUGCUCCUUGAAGGGCUUGCGGGACUUCUCCUUGCAGCACCCUGUGGUGGUCCCACGCUUCGUGCAGUCUGUGGCCGAGGGGGAUGAUGCCCAUGUCCCUGUUUACACCUACAACAACCUCACCUGCCUCCACCCCCCGGCCGUGGCAGGCCUGGACCUCCGUGACACCUCUGAGGACAGCUUUGCUCACUGCUGAGCUGCGCUGGCCCCAGGGAUGGACCCUCAAAACCUGCCACCACCCCGGCCCUGGCCCAGGCUCCAGGGGCAGCAGCAGGAGCUCUGGCUUUGGGGUCACCCCAGCUCAGGCCACGUUUGCCACCACCUCACCUUGGUGCUGCUUGGGCAAUGCCUUGUAGGCACUUGCUCCCCAGGCUUCAAACGGAAAUGGUUCAGGCCUUUACUAUUUAAACAGGAGCCCCUGGGUCAGGAAGGUUGCUCCCAAUGGGAGCAUCCCCCAACCUGGAGGCUUGGGGGGAUGGGGGAAAGCUGCACCUGCAGCCUGGAGCCCUCCCCACAGCAAGGGACAGUGCUGCUGGGGCUGCGACUCUGCAGUGGGACAAAUGAAAGCAUCUUCCUGCCAUGAGGAGCUGAGAAAUCCUCAAAGCCCCUGGUGAGGAGGGGGCAGACCUGCUUUACUCAUUUCUUGCACUAGCAGGUGUAGGCAGGUUGCAGA